AUGAACAAUAAUGGUGAAAACAGCACCGACAUGAACAAUAAUGGUGAAAACAGCACCAACAUGAACAAUAAUGGUGAAAACAGCGCCAACAUCAACAAUAACGUUGACAACAGCGCUAACAUCAACAAUAAUGAUUACAACAGCGCCGAAAUCAACAAUAAUGGUGACAAUACCAACAACAUCAACAAUAGUGGUGACAACCGCGCCCAAAUCAACAAUAAUGGUGACAAUAUCACUAACAUCAAAAAUAAUGGUGAUAACAGCGAAAAAUCGAAAAUAACCGUGGCAACAGCGCCAAAAUCAACAAUAAUGGUUAAUAUUUUUAUCUAUCUAUCUAUCUAUCUAUCUAUCUAUCUAUCUAUCUAUCUAUCUCAAUUUUUAAUUCUUCGUAAUAUCUAUCUAUCUAUCUAUCUAUCUAUCUAUCUAUCUCAAUUUUUAAUUCUUCGUAAUAUCUAUCUAUCUAUCUAUCUAUCUAUCUAUCUAUCUAUCUAUCUCAGUAUAUUUUGGUUUGGCUUAUUUUUAAUUCUUCGUAAUAUCUAUCUAUCUAUCUAUCUAUCUAUCUAUCUAUCUAUCUAUCUCAAUUUUUAUUUCUUCGUAAUAUCUAUCUAUCUAUCUAUCUAUCUAUCUAUCUAUCUAUCAAUCUAUCUAAGCAUAUAUUUGGCUUGUAUAUCAACCUCAAUGGGUUAUUUAACGCUAACAAGAUUUUUAAUUCUUCGUAAUAUCUAUCUAUCUAUCUAUCUAUCUAUCUAUCUAUCUAUCUAUCUAUCUAAGCAUAUAUUGACAUGCGGUAUUCUUUUACUUGUCUUAAUUGCAAUGUUCGCUUUUGAUUUCUUUAUUUCGCUCCUUUUCAUAUCAUCUAUUUUCUAUAGUUUCACGCCACAUCUUACAGAAGUCGAACUAAAAAUUCCUGGUCGGUUCUCAGAUGCGUAG